AUUUAUGUUUUCCAUUAUUGUGCAUGUUAGUUUUGGUGCUGCAGCUCAUUAAGACUAAAUAAGGUCACUAAUGAUAUUCUGGGUUUUGUUUCAGCAGCAGCCCGCUCAGUUCACAAAUCCAGAAACUCCUGGCUAUGUUGGAUUUGCAAAUCUUCCAAAUCAAGUCCACCGAAAGUCUGUGAAAAAGGGUUUUGAGUUCACCCUGAUGGUGGUUGGGGAAUCCGGCUUGGGAAAGUCUACGCUGAUAAAUAGCCUCUUCUUGACUGAUCUGUACCCUGAAAGGGUCAUUCCGGGGGCAGCAGAGAAAAUAGAAAGGACUGUGCAAAUCGAGGCCUCCACGGUGGAGAUAGAGGAGAGAGGGGUCAAGCUCCGUCUCACGGUUGUAGACACGCCAGGCUACGGGGAUGCGAUUAACUGCCGGGACUGUUUCAAGACCAUCAUCUCCUAUAUCGAUGAGCAGUUCGAACGGUAUCUGCAUGAUGAAAGUGGCUUGAACCGACGACACAUCAUAGAUAACCGGGUGCACUGCUGCUUCUACUUCAUUUCACCUUUUGGACACGGGCUCAAACCAUUAGAUGUUGAGUUUAUGAAGGCCAUCCACAAUAAAGUGAAUAUCGUGCCUGUGAUUGCAAAAGCUGAUACUCUUACCCUGAAGGAGCGGGAGCGAUUGAAGAAGAGGGUUCUGGACGAAAUCGAAGAGCACGGCAUCAAGAUUUACCACCUCCCUGACGCCGAGUCCGAUGAGGACGAGGACUUUAAGGAGCAGACCAGACUUCUGAAGGCCAGCAUUCCCUUUUCAGUGGUGGGAUCCAAUCAGUUGAUUGAAGCCAAAGGCAAAAAGGUUCGAGGCCGCCUCUAUCCCUGGGGAGUUGUGGAAGUGGAGAAUCCGGAACACAAUGACUUUCUCAAGCUGAGAACGAUGCUGAUCACUCACAUGCAGGAUCUCCAGGAGGUGACCCAGGAUCUUCACUACGAGAACUUCCGCUCGGAAAGACUCAAGAGAGGCGGCAGAAAAGUGGAAAAUGAGGAAGUGAAUCGAGACCAGAUCCUGCUGGAAAAGGAAGCAGAACUUCGUCGUAUGCAGGAGAUGAUUGCAAGGAUGCAGGCGCAGAUGCAGAUGCAGAUGCAAGGAGGAGAGGGGGACAUCGUCGUGCACGGGCACCAGGCUUAAGAAUUUCACUUAGAGAGAAGAAAAAAAAGAACAUUCCAGUGUGUUUUUUCAUGAAAUCACCGAAAGGAAGUCAACCUUCUACAAUCCCUGCGGCCUGAAAUUGUUGCUCACCACUUUUACCCAAGGGUCGGUCGGGGUACCUUUUGUAAUAUGGACCUUGUAGCAUGUAUUUUAUUGAUAUUUUAUACUUUUUCCAUAACAUGUCUGUUCCUACGUAACUACUGUUAGGUAGAAUUGGUUUUCUAGAACUACACCGUGAACUUGUUCUGGAUUCGUAUGGCCUCUGUUGCCCCAGCUAGUCUGGGCCUUUCUAUCAUCGAUCAGCGCGGCGGCGGCGGCUCCCACAGGAGCAAAUUCUCUCUUUUUCAUCCAGCCGGUGUUGGAGCUCCAGACCUCUCUGUCCGGCCUAACAGUGAGCCUCUCACUGUGACCCCGGGCUAGGAUGAGGAAUUGGGGAGCUCUCGUCUGGUGUAACACCCAAUACCCGGCUUUGCUGCUGCCCGUUGGGGUGCAUUUAUUAACACAUACAUAUGGCAGCCAUCACCAGUUUGAAAUAACAAAGAGGAAUAUGUACCUUUAAAUCAUUCAUAUCAAAAUGUAACCUUUUGUAAGGUUUCCUUUCUAAACGCCAUGGGGCAAGUGUAGAACCCUGUUAUUUUAAAAAAUUAUUUUAAACAGACCUUUUUCUAGUAAGAUCCAAAAAGUACGUGCUUUUUAAAGCAGGCUGACCUCAUCCCAUAUACUGUCCCCCAGAGAGCAUGAGCGGGCAGCGGGCUAGCUGGACAGAACACUCCUUUUGUCUUCAGACGGGCUCCUGUUACUUUGAAUGCACAUUUUCACUGUUUUAUAAAACAGCUCUUUUGGAGAGCAACCUGACCUCACGCUGGGCACCCUGUGUCGGCCGGAUCGGCGGAGCUCCCUCUUUCCCUGCCUCUGUUCUCCGACACCAGGGGAUGGUGGCAGGAUUUGAAGUCCCGGGUCAUCUCCCACCUUCGUUUCCCUGAUUUCCCUCCGAGACUCUCCUCGGUCCCCCAGCCAGCACUCAGUCAGUCCCCGACCCUUCUCUGGCCGUGGGCCUCUUCUCCUUCUCCCUGUCUGCCACUGCUGCAAAGGGGAGGCCUAUCCGGGGGAUUCAAGGGCAGCUUCCAGGGGGCCCGAGGGGUGCCCCGCACUCUGGCCCGAUGCACAGAGCCUCCGGGAACGAGGGAAGAGAUUUCUCUCCAGCCUUGGCGAUGGCACGACCCUUCCAGACAUCCGCCUUCACUCCAGCCACCUGAUCUUAGUACGGUUGAUCAACUCUAAGUGGUCACAUGCAAUGUAUGCAUAGAUCUAAGAAAAGUAUUUUAUUUAGUACUUAAUGUAUAAUUCUAUUCUAUACCUUUUUUACCAGCUGUUCCAUGACAUUUCACUGUUUUAUAUUCAGGGUCAGUUAUCUGAGUUACACUAGUCUUUAUAACCUCUUAGAACAAGGCAAAAACUGAUAUAUGCAAGCGAGAAAUGGAAACUGAGCCCUGCGGACACCGGUGUGAAAGCGUUUCUCGGGGAGCUCCUGCCCGGAGCACUGAACUGGACACCCCAUCGCUCGGCUCUGGGCCUGGCUGCCCUUCGGCCGGUGACUCCACACGACGUGGGGGUCCGCGCGUUGUCCACGCUCUUUCUGUAUCCCGAGCUAUUGAUCAAUAAAUAAUCCUGGUUUCGUUA